CACCUUACACAUGACAGACGAGUGGAAAUGAAGUGUUUAUACAUCUAUAUAUAAAGGAAGCCAAUUUUUUAAAUGUUUCUAUUGCAUUGUCGCGAGCCAAGUCUGAAAUUAUGGCUCGCCUAUGGGUAGUGUGCGUUCUCGCCUUUUCAUUGGCUAGCGUUGCUUCGGGCCGGCGGAGGCGACAAAGUAGUGAAGGCUUCGGUGGCAAUGGCGACGACACAGGCGACUUUCGCGGAGCUGGAGGCUACAGCAGUGGCGCUUAUGCUGACUUGAGCAGUAGCUUCCCGGGAAGAGGCGCCUACGAUGCUGACUUCUUCAGCAGCGGCACUGGUUUCAGAAAUGGCGCUUACGGCAACUACGGCUAUGGUAGUGGUUAUGGCAGUGGUGCCUACGGGAGUAGGUACCCUGGCCUCUUUAAUGGAGGGUAUGGCCUUGGCGGUGUCGGAGGGGGCUACGGCGGGGCUGUAAUCAGCGGACGCCGCGGUGGCAGUGGAUUUGGGGGUGGCUACGGCGGCAGGGGAGGCGGCAGAGGCCUCGGUAGUGAGGAAUUCAGUGGAGGCUCCGGCACUGGGGGAUUCGGCGGAGGCUACGGCAGUGGUGGAGCCGUUGGAGUUCCCACUGGAGGCGAAGGCGGCGCAGGCUUCGUUGGUCCCUCCAGCGGAGCCGGUGCAGGCGAAAUCAACGGGGAUGGGAGAGUCGGCGGAGUCAGCGGUGGAAUCGGUAGUGGAGCAUUCGGUGGAAGCCACUCGGGUGGCAUAACCGGUAGAGGCCACUCGGGUGGCAGAGUCAGUGGAAGCUACGGGGCCAACUUAGUCAGCGGAAGCCACGGUACUUUGGGUUUCGAUGGAGUCAAUGCUGGUGGUGGAGCCGGUGUGGGCUAUAGUUUAGGCGGAGUCAGUGGAAGCAUCGGUAAUGGAGGAUUCGGCGGAGCCCACUCGGGUGACAGAACUGGUAGAGGCCACACUGGAGGCAGAGUCAGUGGAAGCUACGGGGCCAACGGAGUCAGCGGAAGCUAUGGUAGUUGGGGUUUAGGUGGAGGCCAGGCUGGUCGUGGUGCCGGUGCGGGCUACGGUUUAAGAGCAGUGAGCAGAAGCCUCGGUAAUUGGGGAUUAGGUGGAGGCCACGCCGGUGGUGGAGCCGGUGUGGGCUACGGUUUAGGCGGAGUCAAUGGAAGCCUCGGUAAUGGCAGACGAGGUGGAGGCCGCGCCGGUGGUGGAGCCGGUGCGGUCUACAGUUUAGGUGGAGUCAGUGGAAGCCUCGGCAAUGGUAGAUUAGGUGGCGGCCACGCUGGUGGCGGAGCCGGUGCGGGCUACAGUUUAGGCGGAGUCAGCGGAAGCCUCGGUAAUGCGGGAUUAGGUGGAGGCCACCACGCUGGUGGUGCAGUAGGCAUGGGCUACGGUGGUCGCGCCGUCGGUGGGGCGCCGUCGGCUGGUGGUCGAGGCAGUGAAGGCGGCAGAGGAGCGGGCAGUGGCUACGGCCGGGGCGGAAUCAACGGUGGUUACGGGGGCAGCGAAGUCGGCGGAGGCUACGAUGGUGGUUCUGGCUACGGGUCUGGUCUGGGAGGCCGCAAUGGCCGCCAAAGUAGCAGACAAAUUUGGCGUCAGCAGCAGCUAGAGCAACGUCGACAGCAGCAGCAGCAGCGACUACAACGCCGACGACUACAGCUGCAGCAGCGACAACAACAACAACGAGAGCGUCAGCAACGGUGGCGAGAACAACGACGACAGCGGAAGCAGGAGCAGCAGCGACAACGACAACAACGACUGCAGCAGCAGCAGCAGCAAGACCGACGACCGCAGCAACAGGAGGAGUAGUACGGACGUACACUCCAUAGUUAACUUCCAGUAUAAGCAACUGGAGACGUGCUGACGGGAAGGCCCCACUGGUACAAAUAAAUAAGUUUUCUCUAACUC